AAAAAAGAGAAGAGAAGAGAGAAAAUCGAAUUAAACACAAACACGUAUGCAACAAAUGAGGACAAGAGGGAAGAGACCAUAACAGCCGGCUUCCAGCUGCCUCCAUCGCCGGCUUCCUCCGUUUCAUGGCGAAGUUAUCACAGCAAAACACCAACAGCAAUAACGGCAAUGCAAACAAGGCCACCACUAAUCCCGGCUCCGUGAUCAAGAAGGCCAAGAGGACCAGAAAGACUGUCCCCAGAGACUCGCCGCUUCAGCGUAGUUCCAUUUACAGAGGGGUUACGAGGCACAGAUGGACGGGAAGGUAUGAAGCUCAUUUGUGGGAUAAGAACAGCUGGAAUGAGUCCCAGAACAAGAAGGGAAGACAAGUCUAUCUCGGUGCCUACAACGAUGAAGACGCAGCUGCUCAUGCUUAUGAUUUAGCAGCACUGAAAUAUUGGGGCCGAGAAACCAUUCUUAACUUUCCAGUGUCAACGUAUCAAGAAGAGCUCAAGGAAAUGGAGGGUCUGUCCAGAGAGGAGUAUAUUGGAUCAUUGAGAAGGAAAAGCAGCGGUUUUUCUCGGGGAGUCUCCAAAUACAGAGGAGUCGCAAAACAUCAUCACAAUGGAAGAUGGGAAGCCAGGAUUGGAAGAGUGUUUGGCAACAAAUACCUUUAUCUGGGGACAUAUGCUACUCAAGAAGAGGCUGCAAUUGCAUAUGAUGUUGCAGCCAUAGAAUAUCGGGGGCUUAAUGCUGUCACAAAUUUUGACCUUAGUCGAUAUAUAAAAUGGCUAAGACCUAACAACAAUAAUACCAAUAAUCAACUAAACCCUAACAUUGAGACUAACCCAGAUAAUACUAUCAUGGCCCGAAAUCAUGAACUUGAAUUAAAUGCCCACCUCCACAACCAAGAUCAGGCUGCAAUCGCGGGUGCUGUCUCUGCUCCAAAUCAGGCUCGGCCAGGCACUGCCACGUCAGCCCUCGGACUUCUACUUCAGUCAUCAAAAUUUAAGGAGAUGAUGGAGAUGACCACGGCAGCCGAGUUUCCCUCCAUAAUGCCUCAAGAGUCUAAUCCACAACAAUGCAAUGCAUUUCCUGAUGACAUACAAAGUUACUUUGAUCAGUCUGGUGUUUAUGGUGAAGGAGAUCAUGAUAUUUUCUUCGGGGAGCUCAACUCACUGAUGUUUGAUGCUUGAUUAGUGGAAUAAAUGAAUAAUCUAGCCAGAGAAUGCAUGCAUGGAGGAAGAGCCUCUAUCUUAAUUAAUUUCCAUGACUAAUUUUAGACUAAGUAUCUGUAUUUUGUGAGUUAGGGUCGACCAAUAAUGAUGAUAUAUAAUGCUCAAAUUUGAGUAUUUGAGAAGUGAUUUUCAUGCAUGGUCAUGGGAAGAAGGAUGGCCAGUUAUAUAUUAACUGGCACAUUUCAUGUAUAUAUGAUGAGAAUAAAAGGCAAAACAUGUAAUUUCUUCAUGUAUCUUCUCUUUCAAUAAUUAAUAGACUUAAUUUUCAU